ACUUACUUUGUAUACCCAAUAAAUAAAAUAUACCACCUCUCAUAUUCCACACCGUGUCAAUACUCAAUAUACCGCGUUGUUUUUUGUCUAUUGUAUCUGCGUUCUAUCCACUGACCUGAUUUGACCAUGUUGUUCCGGUCUCUCGUGGCCGCCAGCGCCCUCUCUCUGAGCGCUUCUGCCUUUCUGGUUGUUCCAGAGGUCCAACAACCUAACGAUCUACCUGUCACUCAUGCACUCGAGCUUGAAGACGCCCAAAGCGAGAAGUUUCAGUUACUUUGCGAUGAUUGUCCGUUCCCAGAGACCGUGUCAGAUGGUAUUGUCAGGUGGACUGAGAACACCAAGUCUUCUUUGGAACUAAACUUCCACGCUGAAAAUGGCAACCUCUACGUCAACGACGCUCACAUCUUCCCUGUCACAUUUAAUUCAGUCGAAACCGUUAAAGCGGUCCAGCGACGAGAGUCAGAUGGCAAGGAAACUGAACCCUUGACACUGGGUUUCGCUCUUAUGGCUUUGCCUCUUGCGCCUCCUCAAGAUGAUCUGGAACUCCUGCAAAUCCGAUUUUCUCCACUCGAUAUCGAUGGUCACCCGGCUCCACUCGACACCGUCUCCAUUACAGCUAUUCGAACCACAGCGGGAGAACUGUUCAUUUUGCGAGCAGAGGUCGAACUCCCCGCCGGCGAGGAUGAUCACGCUUCCUGGAAGGAAUGUAAUGGCGACACCGAAUGCUUGAGACACUUGAUCUUCGAUCGUAUCCGGGCCUUGGUCCAAGCUGCUCAGGCCCAUAUGAUGAACUUGAAAUCCAAACUCGGAUUCGGCAAGGGCUGCCACGGCAAGUCUCUCCCUGGUCAUCGCAAGGCUGGCCACCACGGUCCUGGGUUUGGUGAAGUUGAAGAAGGUCACCAGCCUCCCCACCCACACCACCGUCACCGUCACAUGCACGGUCUUCGCCGAACCUUGUUCGCUAUUAUUCGCUUUGUUAUUGUUCCUGCCGUUCUCGGUAUCUUUGCUGGUCUUACUGCCAGUGCUAUCGGUAUGCUUGUCGGACAGGCUGUUGUAUUCUUGUGGAUGCGCUACCGACGCGGCUCCAAGAAUAUCCGAUCAACCUCGUCUUUGGAACAAGGCACCGAGUCAGAGAAGGCUAUUUUGAUUAUGGAGGAAGAGGUCUCAAAUGAAGAAGACCUUCCUCCAUACAAUGAUGAGCAUCAUGCUCUGGAUGCCAAAUAAUCAACUCGUACUCUCUCGUUGGAUGUAUAUUGCGACAUCCCUUUUCUUUACUCAUGAUACACUCUUGUUUUUUCUUUCUAUACUCAUGAAGAGUAGGUGCAUCAAGGAUCGGCGAAAUGACUGUCAACGCAUUGCUCUCUUCUCUUUAGCUUCGUUUGGUUGCUUUUUCAUUUGUGGUUUUAUUCUUUCGAUGACUGGUAGCUGUGCUAUCAUAUUGUAACUGUCAGUAUCUAUACAGUGCACAAUGUAGAAUGAUAUUCAUACACACACACACACAC